CUGUCUAUCGAGUCUCUGGAAGGAGAUAUCGUUAUUGGAAGUUUGAUCGAUUUAUCUUGCACAGUGACUGUGCUGGGUGGGAAGUGUGUUGGAGGAUAUAUGCCCAUUGAUAAACCUAGAAAUUGGUCAUCAGCUAUAAUACCAGGAAAUGGACCAGGGAGUACGAGCAGAGAAUAUUUAACUUACCAGUCACCACGAUGCAUCGGUGGAAGUGGACAUGGUGGCCAUGGAGGAAAUCCAGUAUUUGAUGACAUUCACGUUAACCUCUACAGUGGCUUAGAGUAUGGAAGGAAUGAUUACCAACUCCUACUGGGAGGCAGUUCCGGCUCUUAUCUUGAUUCUUCUGCUCACACAAUUACUAAACCUGGACAUGGAGGGGGAGCAUUACAGUUGGUAGCGAAGCAGGGUUCUAUAAAAAUCGAAGAAAAGAUUAAAGCCAAUGCACAGCAAACAAAAGGGCACUACGAAGUUAACAGUGGAAGUUCAGGAGGACUAAUCCGCUUAGAGGCUAACGAGGUUCACAUCAUUGAUGGUGGUUCAUUGGAGGUAAAUGGUGCUCAUGCGGGAAAAAAUGGUAACAUUUACCCAGUUUGGGAAAAGGGGUCUGCCGGAGGUGGAGGAGGCAUUGUGGAUAUCUUGGCCAACAAGGUUUUCAUAUCAACUGGUUCUAUAUUACUUAUGCCAGGGAAUUCCACAGGUUGCUCCAACCAAACAACAGCAUCUCCAGGAUUCUUGACCAUACGAGAUUACUCGUGCAAUCUCAGAAUAUCGUGGAAAAAUAUCCCAGUCUUUCCUGUUGAUCCUGCAGGAUUCACUUGGACUAACACAACUACUCAAACACUUUUGCCUUCAUCCUCGAUACCCUGUUCCAAUUAUGUUCCUAGAAAAACCCGGCCUUCAGUCAAAAUAACCACAACUGACAAUCCUAUUAUUGCUACCUCUUCCCUCCUUGCGAGAAGAGAGUCAUCAAUAACUGCCUCUAUCAAAAACAUAUCUAAACGGCAAAGUGGAAUGCGCACUUCGUCUCCAGGUGUUAGGACAUCUUUUUCUCGUAACGGUAUUUCUUCUACCAAACGUAUUCAGUGCUCAACAAACUUCAAACCACUUACUGCAACCCUGUCAACUGAUGCAGUCCCUGCACCCUCCGUUCCUCUCGCUGAUUUCACAGUGACAAGAAAAUGGGAAGCCCUGCUCAAGAGUACGGAAUCCCUAACGAUAUCCAUGGGAAGCUUUCAAAACAACUCGUGGGUCGAGGAUGUUCACAAUCUGCUCCAACGCCUUCGAACAUUAGUGGAAGAGGAGCCGUUAACGGGGCAAUAUGUUGACAUAUUCAUAAAAAUACUUGAACAGUUUGGUUUAGCACUUUCCAUGAUCCCAAGCGAAGAUCAAGAGAUUAUGAAAAGCGUUGUUGCCUCGCUGAUAACAACGGCAGAAUCCAGCUUUGAUGGGAGAAACGAAAACGUGUGGAGCGCUACAAAAGAGCUACCAAAAGUCUUGAGCGCAUUGGAGAACAUUACGUUAGCGUUAGGAAGAAUCUCCUCGGUCAAUGAACUCUUCAAAUUCGAGUAUUACUCCCAAAGGACUGUUGUACAAGUUGUUGCUUUAAAAACCACAGCAAAACAGAGUGUAACACACUUUGUACUUCCUGACACCUCUAGAACAAACCUGUCCAUUUGGAAAAACGAACGCGAUGUUGUUCUAAUACCGUCAUUUUACGAUGGCGACGUCGUGGUGUUUACGAUACUGUACAGAAAUAUUAGCAGUAUUCAUCCAACUACUUUUAAAGAACACCAAAAAGAAAGGGAAAAUAAAAGUCAUCUCGUUUCUGACGUGCUUUCUUGUUCGGUAUAUUACAAGGGAACUUUAAUUGCGAGUAAACCCUUUUCUCCCGUUGAGCUGCAAUUCCAUAUCCAGAAUGGGAGAAGUCUUCACUCACCAAUCUGUGUAUUCUGGGAUCAUCGAAACAGUGCUUGGUCUACAGAAGGUCUGAGGACCGUUCAAGUAAAUGGCACCCACGCAAGAUGUCAUACAACUCAUUUCACAAGCUUUGCAAUUCUUACCCAGUACACAGAAGUGCAGAUUUCAGAUGAGGAUCAAUUCGCGCUCGGAGUCAUAACAUAUGUUGGUUGCGGAGUCUCCAUCGCGUGUCUCUUUGUGACCUUACUGGUUUAUCUUGCAUUUGAAGCGCUUUCCACUGAAAGACAUAAGAUUCACAUGAACUUAGCCUUGGCUCUUUUGCUGGCUCAGUCGCUGUUCUUGACUGGUGUAAACGCUGUAGGACACAAGACUCUUUGCCGCGCACUAGCCGUCUGCCUGCAUUACCUGUUUUCAGCAGCAUUCACUUGGAUGUGUGUAGAAGGUUUUCAUCUGUAUGUGAUGAUUCUCUCCGUGUUUCGUGCUGACAGCGUUAGAAUGAAAUACUACUACAUGACUGGCUGGGGUAUUCCAGUUAUCAUUGUCGGAGUGGCUGCGUCAAUUCACCCUGAAGGAUACGGGACAAUCAAGUCAUGCUGGUUGUCUAUUGAUGAUCAAUUUAUUUGGGUUUUUCUGGCGCCAGUUGUUUUAGUGAUUGUGGUUAAUUUCUUGGUUCUUGUUGCGGUGAUAAAAGUCGUCGCCAAUUCCGCGUUACCAUCAAGAAAAACCACAGACUUUGGAAGUGUCAAGGCUGGAGUCAAAAGCGCUGCUGUACUAUUACCACUGCUUGGAGUAUCCUGGGUGUUUGGGCUUCUAACUUUAAACAAAAAAACUAUAGUUUUUCAGUACAUAUUUGCCUUUUCUUCCAGUUUUCAGGGCAUGUUCAUCUUCUUGGCUCAUUGUGUAGGAAGCAGCGAUGUUCGCUCUGCGCUUAAACGGAUGAGGCAAAGACAAAUGUGGGCUCGUGGGUCAGAGAAUGCUCCGUCACACAUUCCUUCCAAAGGAAACGUUCCUGUCUCACAAGGAAUUAUCUCAAAGGGAGGCGUUUUAGAGCAUAAGGAAAAGAUACGAGCGUCUGUAUUCAGCCAAACUAACAGCAAAGUGGUUAAAGUAAAGCUACCGAAAGAAAACUUUAAAGAGGCUCCUCUACAAAUAAACAGAACUUAUCAGAUGCCACGAAGAGAAAAUCCUGAAUCUAAAAAUUGUUCAAAAAUGACAUCUCUUAACUGCCCGCAGGAUGCAGUUUCACCCAGAGAAUCUACCAAACGAAGAUGCUCAUUCAAGUCAUCCUAAUCAGCAAAAUAUCAGAUUUGCCAAAGGGCACCUGAUAUUUGGCGCCAGCUGUCAAACAAAACUGGCUUGGAAACAUUCCAAUUAAAAAAGUAGUUAUCUGCAAGAUAGAACUAGUUCCUCAGACGACAAAUUUGCAAUUGGAGUACAAUCGUGGUUAUGGUUAUUGGCUAACUUUCUCAAAUUGUUCAACAUUAAAUAAAUAAACUUAAAUUAUUUUCUAC